AGUGUGGCUAUUUCGUCAGUUAGGAAUCAUGUGAUGUUAUCCAAUUGGAGAAAACUAGAAAACAUGAGGUUUCUGAUAGCACAGCCGGAAGCUUAUUGGGUUUCACUAGUUUCGAAUUUUUGAGCUCGUAAAAAACAUAAUUUGAGCAGACGACUAUUCUUUUUGUAAGAACAAAUGGAUCGAUAAUGACUUUUUUUAUUUCAAUUUUUCACAAAAGAAUUAUGGGCCCUAAGGGUUCUCUGAUUGCAAAUCCCCCCAGUUGGUCCUCAUGGCAAAAAUGCGUUUGUCCAUGGCUUCCCCUUUCUCUUUUACCCAAGUAGUACUACCUACACUUGGAAUAUAGUAGUACAUCCUGCAUGAGAAAAACAUUCUGUCUAGUACACUAGUUAUUCGUAUGUAUCCAGACAGCUGGUUGACGGAAGCUCAGUUGAGUAGAAUCCGUCGUUGUGUUCGGGUCGUCCAUCACCUGCUGGCUGUUGGCCGAGAGAAGUGUGUGUUUACUAGUGAAACUUUUGUGUGUGUGUGCUUUUAUAAUCAUGGCCAACUACACGCCGGUUGCCCAGAAUGAAUCAUCAGUGGACACGUUGCUGGCCGACGAAACUUUCGCGACGGAUCGUGACAAGAGCGACGCUAAAUCACACCAUUUGGAGAAGGAUCGUUUGAGCAAACAUCAUUUGGUCAGCCCGUUGGUGGCUGCCAAACAUCCGUCGAUAAUGCGUCAACCCUCUUCGCCGGUUCCUCCGGCAACCGUGAUUCCACUUCAAUCCAAUCAGCAACACAUUCCAGUUGCUGUUCCUGGGCAACAACAGCAAGGAUCGGUAGGCCAACAACAGCCAGCAGCCAACAACAAUGGUGUGGUGGCUCUGUCUGCAAUCAAACCCAACGUGACGUUCAAACUGAGCGACGACGACAAGGUUCUUUCGGAUGUGAAAAAUGCGGGGAAGAAGAAUAGCCGCAGGUACCGAAGCCGUUCGCUUUCAGCCUCCUCCACCGACAGCUACAGCUCAGCUUCGUACACUGGCAGUUCGUCGGACGAGGAGGAAAUGUCUCCGCGUGAAAAGGAGCAGCAAACUUCAAAGGGCAUGGCGGAUUUCUGCGUCAGGAAUAUCAACCAGGCAGCUUACGGCCGGAAGGAAAUCGAUAUCGCCGAGCAGGAAAUGCCGGGAAUUAUGGCGCUGAGGAAACGUGCCAGCGAAGACAGGCCACUCAAAGGAGCCAAAAUUGUCGGAUGUACUCACAUCAACGCCCAAACGGCCGUUCUCAUCGAAACUCUGACAGAACUGGGCGCCCAGGUCAGAUGGUCGGCCUGCAACAUUUAUUCGACCCAGAACGAGGUGGCCGCAGCGUUGGCCGAAGCUGGGUUCUCCAUUUUCGCCUGGCGUGGCGAAACGGAAGAGGAUUUCUGGUGGUGUAUCGAUCGAUGCGUCACGGCCGAGAACUGGCAACCCAAUAUGAUCCUGGACGACGGUGGAGAUGCAACUCAUCUCAUUCUCAAGAAAUAUCCAGCCAUGUUCAAAAUGAUCAAAGGGAUCGUGGAGGAGAGCGUGACAGGCGUGCACCGUCUCUACCAGUUAUCCAAGACGAACAAAUUGACGGUGCCGGCCAUGAACGUCAACGAUUCCGUCACCAAAACCAAAUUUGACAAUCUCUAUUCGUGCAAGGAGUCCAUCAUUGACAGUCUCAAACGGGCCACCGACAUGAUGUUUGGCGGGAAGCAGGUCGUCGUCUGCGGCUACGGCGAAGUGGGCAAGGGUUGCAGCCAGGCAUUAAAAGCCCUGGGAUCCGUCGUCUACGUCACCGAAAUCGAUCCCAUCUGUGCCCUUCAAGCCUGCAUGGACGGAUUCCGGGUCUUGAAGCUGAGCGAAGUUAUCCGCAACGUGGAUCUAUUGAUCACGGCCACGGGCAACAAGAACGUCCUCACGCGGGAAUACAUGGACAAAAUGAAGUCGGGCGCCAUCGUCUGCAACAUGGGCCACUCCAACACUGAAAUUGACGUCAACAGCCUGAGGACACCGGAUUUGACGUGGGAAAAAGUCCGCUCGCAAGUGGAUCACGUCAUUUGGCCCGAUGGCAAGAAGAUUAUUCUGCUGGCAGAGGGACGAUUGGUGAAUCUCAGCUGCUCGUCCGUUUCAUCUUUCGUCGUGUCCAUCACGGCCGCCACUCAAGCCCUGGCGUUGAUUGAACUAUUCAACGCCCCUGCUGGCCGCUACAAGGCCGACGUCUAUCUACUACCCAAGAAAAUGGACGAGUAUGUGGCCAGCCUUCACUUACCGACUUUCGAUGCCCAUUUAACCGAACUGUCGGACGAACAGGCCAAAUACAUGGGCCUCAACAAGACGGGCCCUUUCAAACCGAAUUAUUACAGAUAUUGAGCGUGAAAUUGUGACCGUGCAAUUGCAGACCAACGAAGUAGUUUCAACAGAUGUUGUUUUCACUUCCAACGAUCCUGUUUAAAAGCAAAUCAUUAUUCAAUUAAAAUUCUUAUCGUUUUUUUAGAUAAGAUUCCAGACAUGUGUGUUUCUUUCAUUGUCACACUUAUACUAUAUUAUUUCGUCCGUAAAACAAAAAAGAGAGAAAAACUGCUGUACGUUGUAGAAAAAAAAAAACUUUGACACAAAGUUAAAUGAAUUUAAUAGUGCCCGUUUUGUUUUUUCAUUUGAGGCAAAUGAAUUUAUUAUCUCUCUCGUGUUCUUCUACGUACGAGUGAAUAUCGUGUUGGGCCGAUUGUACUUUUUUUCUUUUUCCAAAAAUGUACCGAAAGAUAACAAAGAGAUGCCAUGAAA